GCCGCGACUUCACAUUGCAUCUCGGCGUGUUACGUGGAGUUGUGCGGUCCUUGACUCAAUCGCACUCGUUCUGAAUCAUGCCGCCUUUCACCACACGCGCUGCGCUCUUGCGCUCCGCCAAACACACCACAGGCCCCGCACAGCGCGCCCUAGUCACCGUACCUCGUCCCGUACCCCGACUCGUGCCUCGACCGCCGCAGUGCCGCUUCUCCAGUACGCAAGCAUCCGCGACCGAGGAAUCGUCUCCCAGAUGGCUUUCCGAUGUCCGGGCACGGAUCGGCAAAUGUAUAAUGUUUGGCAUCAACGAUGAGCAGACGAGCGAGGCGGGGUCGAUACUGCGGGAAGUGGCGCACGACUGGCGAGAGCUGCUUGCUGGGAGUCAAGGGUUCCUGACGGGGCAGGACUACAGGGGCUUGUAUAGACAGGAGGUGGUUUGGGGAGAGAUGGAUAGUAUGGGACAUGUCAACAAUGUCAUGUACAACCGGUACGCAGAGUCGGCGCGCGUCAACUGGACGCUCAAUUUCGCUUCAAUGGAUCUGGCGCACAGGAAGGAAUGGCUGGAGCUGAUGUCACCCAAGAGCAUUGGACUGAUACUGAGGAGUAUCAAGACAGACUACAAGUUUCCCAUGAAGUGGCCCGACAGGAUAACUGUUCUGCACAAGCUCAGAAACAAGCCGGAGCAAGGUACCGACCACUUUAUCCUGGACGUCCUGAUCUUGUCAGAAGCGCACCGUCGUGCAGCAGCACGCUGCGUUGAGGAUAUUGUUGUCUACGACUACAGGACCGCGAAGAAGUCUCCAUUGCCGCCGUUCAUGAUUAGCAGAUUCAAGCAGACGUUUGCGCUGCAAGAGGAAGCAAAGGAGAAGAACAGCGCCAGGGUAAGGACACUGCUAGACCGAGUACGGAAGCUUGAGAAGAGCAGCUGGGAUAGGCUGGAUGCCGUGGAGGACUUCGGCAGCGCAGGAAAGCCGUGAACAGCAACCCGCAGGCAGAGCCUUGGAUUCUUCAAACCACUAAUUAAUAACGUGCAUGGA